ACAACUAAAAUCAAAAUCAACAUAUUAUUCUAAAAACCCUAAACCUAAAGCCCUAAAAAUAUAUCGCAGCUUCCUCCUUCCCACACGACGAGCAGGAAACAAUCUUACAGAAAAGAUGGUUUCAGAGUCUGAAAACAGUGAAGAGCAAAAAACAGAGAAAAUUCCGGUGUGGGAUUUGCCUGAUGUCCCCAAAGGAGAGCUGCCGCCGCACAUUCAACUUCAGAGGACUCGUGUUCUUUGCACUUUCGAUGCCCCAACUCACACGGAGAACAUACGAUACUCGGGUGCUUAUGCGGCAAUGGGAGUGGAUAACAGUUUAAGACUCGCGGAAUUCCGGAACAAUUUUAAGGUGGAAGUGAUUAAACUCACGGAGGAUGACAUGGAGUUCGAUAUGAUUGGCAUUGAUGCUUCUAUUGCGAACGCUUUUCGAAGAAUCCUCAUUGCUGAGCUCCCCACCAUGGCUAUUGAAAAGGUUUUUGUUGCAAAUAACACCUCAGUGGUUCAAGAUGAGGUGCUUGCCCACAGACUGGGUCUUGUCCCACUUAAAGUUGAUCCAAGGCACUUCAAUUAUAUCUCAGAAAAUGAUGAACCAAAUGAAAAAAAUACCAUUGUAUUUAAACUCCAUGUUCGUUGUGAAAAAGGGGCCCCGCGUAUUAAAGUGAAGUCCGAUGAGCUAAAGUGGCUGCCCAAUGGCAGUGAGUUUGUACUAAGUGCAGAAAAAUCAAAUCCAGAUUCAACAGCAAAGGCAAAAACUUACACUUCAUUCAGUUCUAGUCAGGAUUCCUUGCCAGAAUUUGUAAACAACCCAAUUGCCCCCAAGCAUGAUGAUAUAAUUCUUGCCAAACUUGGACCUAAACAGGAAAUUGAGCUGGAAGCACAUGCUGUAAAAGGAAUGGGCAAGACGCAUGCUAAGUGGUCACCUGUAGCCACUGCUUGGUACAGGAUGCUUCCUGAGAUUGUUUUGUUGCAAGAAAUUGAAGGUGAAAAAGCUGAAGAACUUGUCAAGAAAUGUCCAGUAAAAGUGUUUGACAUUGAAGAUAUUGGUAAAGAUAAAAAAAGAGCAAAAGUGGCAAGACCUAGAUCUUGUACCCUCUGCCGUGAAUGCAUCAGAGGCGAUGAUUGGGAAAAGCUUGUGGCAGUUCGGCGAGUAAAAGAUCAUUUCAUUUUUACAAUCGAAUCUACGGGAGCAUUGCCCCCUGAAGUACUGUUUACUGAAGCUGUGAAGAUUCUGGAAGACAAGUGUGAGCGUGUGAUAAGUGAGCUCUCGUGAGGCAACUCAAAGCGAAAGUUUGCCAGGGAUGAUAAGAAAAUAUUUACAGGAAAAGGAAUGCAAUAUGAAGUAUAGGGGCUUGUGAAUUAAAGAAUUGAUAAAUGCUCAGAAAUCACAUGUGAAGAGCAUAUACUCCCAGACAAAUAUAUAUAUACAUGUAAUGUAAUCUGGUCCAAAUAGAGAAGCAUUUUCCUAA